UAAGAUGUUGUCCACCAGAUCAAUUGCUAUACUAUCGGCCCUUGCUAUGGGCGCUGUGGUACUUGCCGGUACUUACGCGGAGAAAAACCAAUACUCCUUCGAAGUACCGGCGAAACAGGUAGAAGGAACAACUAUGAAAAAGGUCUUUGCAACAUUGUUUCCCUUCGAAAGUCCUGCCUGGAACUCUAUCCUGGCAACUUUCUACAUAUCCAGUAUACCCAACUUUAUCCUCCUUGCUGUACCAGCCAGCCUUGACCCUACAUCGUUAAAUACCAUGAUAUCUUUCGCUACCGGUGGUCUUUUGGGAGACGUCUUCCUACAUUUGGUGCCGCACGCUUUUUUUGGAGAAGGUCAUGAAGCCGACAGGAGUUUGGUGGUGGAAGAAAAGAGGAAUAUCGUAAUUGGAGGCGCCAUCUUCCUUGGUUUUGCAUGCUUUUUUGUAUUGGACAAGAGUAUGAGGGUACUCAGCUCCUCAGCCGGCGGGGAGGGCGAUCAUCACCAUUCGCAUUCCCAUAGCCACAGCCAUAGCCACGCAGCCUCAGGCCAGUCGUCUUCGAUUAAAGCGGAAAAAGACAACGGGCUGCGCCAACGCAAAUCCCCGGUCUCCCCCUCCACCGACUCUGCUUCAGCCGAUAUCCAAGCCGCUUCCACUUCUCAAGAUGAGAAAACAGCCAAAGAAGCGAACCCCUCACUCAAGCUUUCAGCUUACCUUAAUUUGUUUGGCGACUUUACCCACAACAUCACUGAUGGCCUUGCCAUGGCUGCUAGCUUUUACAGCAGUCCUGCUUUGGGAGCGGUCACUACUAUAGCAACAUUCUGUCAUGAAAUCCCCCACGAAAUCGCAGACUACUCUAUCCUGAUCAAAUCGGGUUUCACAAAAUCCCAAGCGAUGGGCUCUCAAUUCUUCACCGCCGUAGGCGCUUUUGUUGGUACAUUCUUGGGUAUCUGGAUCGCCGAAACGUCAGGUGCGGGUAAUGCAGGAGCUCACGGAGAGGGUAUCAGCCUGAAUGUAGGAGAGGGGUUGUUUGGGACGAGCGUAGCCGGUGGGGAGCUGGUCAUUCCAAUGACCGCGGGAGGUUUCUUGUAUAUUGCAAGUGUGAGCGUGAUUCCGGAAUUGUUGGCAGAAUCCAGGAGCGGGAAACAGGCGCUCAAAGAGUACGCCGCGAUGGCGUUUGGUGUUUUCUGCAUGGGUGUGAUUGCUUGGAACGAAUAAAUUAUGUGUUUGUGUACAAUAGCUGUAGAGUGAGCGUACAUGCAUAGAUAUCGCAGAA